UAAAACCGCCUUCGACACCGUUUACCUCCGCGGCCCAGCCGACAAAUUAUGAUCCCGGAGAAGAACCAGCAGCAGCGGCCGCACCACGGGCCCAGACCAGCGGUCCCCAGCUCUGUCGCUGAGCUAUGAGCAUGCCACCGCUCCGGCUUCUUCGUCUCAGUCUGACCGAUAUUCAGUUACCAGCAAAAUGUAUUUCAACCGGAGAGCCAAGAAGAUACACAGCGAGGGAGAGCAGUUAGUGUUGACCACCAUUAGGCAGGAGGCUUCUGAACUACAGGACCCAGACCUGGGUGCUGGUGCUACCAUGCGUGCCCGCCUCACAGACAGGUUUGACAAAACCUCGCCUCUCUCCCAUCAAUCCAACGGUGCAGGACCUGCUUGCUCGUCCGCCGGCUACCGCAAGGCAGAUGAUGAGAUGUCCGGAACCACUUCCCAGGCGGAUCCUGUAGACGCAACUGCGCGGACGGUGCUUCUCAACCGGCCACAGAAUACCAAGUUCUGCGACAACCAUGUCAGUACCACCAAAUACGGAAUACUCACCUUCCUACCCCGGUUCCUGUAUGAGCAGAUCCGGCGGGCAGCCAAUGCCUUCUUCCUGUUCAUUGCACUCAUGCAGCAAAUCCCUGAUGUAUCACCAACCGGACGCUAUACUACACUUGUCCCACUUAUUUUCAUCCUCACCGUGGCUGGAAUCAAAGAAAUCAUAGAAGACUAUAAAAGACACAAAGCAGAUAACACGGUUAACAAGAAGAAGACAACAGUGCUGCGGAACGGGGCCUGGCAGACGAUCAUCUGGAAACAGGUGGCAGUAGGAGACAUAGUGAAGGUCACCAAUGGCCAGCACCUUCCAGCUGAUAUGGUUAUAGUAUCCUCCAGUGAACCACAGGCCAUGUGUUACAUUGAGACUUCAAACCUCGAUGGGGAAACUAACCUGAAAAUCAGACAGGGUCUCCCUCUCACGACUGGAUUUCAGACUCUGGAGGAUUUGAUGGCAUUGUCUGGUCGUUUGGAGUGCGAAGGUCCCAACAGACACCUGUAUGACUUCACUGGUACACUGCGACUGGAAAACCAGAAUCCAGCUCCAUUGGGUCCAGACCAGGUGUUGCUGCGUGGAGCCCAGCUCAGGAACACUCAGUGGGUCGUGGGAAUUGUUGUGUACACCGGUCAUGACUCCAAACUGAUGCAGAACUCCACCAAGGCACCACUGAAGCGCUCUAAUGUGGAGCGGGUGACCAACAUGCAGAUCCUGGUCCUGUUCGGCAUCCUGCUGGUCAUGGCCCUGGUCAGCUCCGUGGGUGCUGCCAUCUGGAACAGGGAACACACUGAAGACGCCUGCUGGUACCUGUCCCGGGCAGGUGACAUCUCCACUAAUUUCGCAUAUAACCUGUUGACAUUCAUCAUCCUUUACAACAACCUGAUCCCCAUCAGUUUGCUGGUCACUCUGGAGGUCGUCAAGUUCACUCAGGCUCUCUUUAUCAACUGGGACGUGGAGAUGUACUAUUCAGAAACAGAUACACCAGCUAUGGCUCGAACAUCCAAUCUUAAUGAGGAACUGGGCCAAGUGAAAUAUCUCUUCUCUGACAAAACGGGAACACUGACCUGUAAUGUCAUGCAUUUUAAGAAGUGCACCAUCGCAGGGAUUACAUAUGGCCAUUUUCCUGAUCUUGACUGUGAUCGUUCAAUGGAAGACUUCAGCAAUCUGCCGUCCAACAGUAAUAACUCUACAGAGUUUGAUGACCCCACUCUCAUCCAAAACAUAGAGAAGGACCAUCCUACAUCACCUCAAAUUUGUGAGUUCCUGACAAUGAUGGCAGUGUGCCACACAGUGGUCCCAGAGAGAGAAGAAAACCAGAUUAUUUAUCAGGCCUCCUCGCCAGAUGAAGGAGCUCUGGUCAAAGGGGCCAAAGGACUUGGCUUUGUCUUCACUGCUAGGACACCACAUUCAGUCAUCAUUGAAGCUAGAGGAAAGGAAAUGAGCUAUGAGCUGCUCAAUGUGCUGGAGUUUUCCAGUAACCGCAAGCGCAUGUCUGUUGUGGUCAGGACCCCCAAUGGGAAACUACGGCUGUACUGUAAAGGGGCUGAUAAUGUCAUUUUUGAUCGCCUGACAGAGGCAUCCCAGUACAAAGAACUGACUGUUGCUCAUCUGGAACAAUUUGCUACUGAAGGGUUGAGGACUCUGUGUUUUGCCUAUGUGGACCUAGAGGAAGAGGCCUACCAGGAGUGGCUAAAAGAAUACAAUCGGGUCAGCACUGUGCUCAAAGACCGCGCUCAGAAACUAGAGGAGUGUUACGAAUUAAUAGAAAAGAACUUAAUGCUUUUGGGCGCCACAGCCAUAGAGGACCGUCUCCAGGCAGGCGUGCCAGAGACCAUCGCCACUCUGAUGCGGGCUGACAUCAAGAUCUGGGUCCUUACUGGAGACAAGCAAGAGACUGCUAUCAAUAUCGGUUACUCCUGUCGUCUGGUGACGCACGGCAUGUCUCUCAUCAUCGUCAAUGAGGACUCUCUAGACGCAACUCGUGCCACACUGACAGCCCACUGUUCAUCGCUCGGUGAUUCUCUGAGGAAAGAAAAUGAGCUGGCGUUGAUCAUUGACGGCCAGACUCUGAAAUACGCCUUGUCCUUCGAGCUCCGCCAGGCCUUCCUUGACUUGGCAUUGUCCUGCAAGGCUGUCAUCUGCUGCCGAGUGUCUCCACUGCAGAAGUCAGAAAUUGUGGACAUGGUGAAAAAACACGUGAAGGCCAUCACACUGGCGAUAGGCGACGGGGCGAACGACGUGGGUAUGAUCCAGACGGCUCAUGUCGGAGUGGGGAUCAGUGGCAACGAGGGCAUGCAGGCCACUAACUCCUCUGAUUACUCCAUUGCACAGUUUUCCUACCUAGAGAAGCUGCUGCUUGUCCAUGGGGCAUGGAGCUACAACCGUGUCACCAAGUGCAUCCUCUACUGUUUCUAUAAGAAUGUGGUCCUCUACAUCAUAGAGCUCUGGUUUGCCUUUGUGAAUGGAUUCUCUGGCCAGAUCCUCUUUGAGCGCUGGUGUAUAGGCCUCUACAACGUGAUAUUUACUGCACUGCCUCCAUUCACACUGGGGAUAUUUGACCGACCCUGCAGCCAGCAGAACAUGCUUCGUUUUCCUCAGCUUUAUAGAAUCACCCAGAAUGCAGAAGGUUUCAACACCAAGGUGUUUUGGGGUCACUGUAUCAACGCACUGAUUCAUUCAAUUAUUCUCUUCUGGUUCCCACUUAAAAUGUUAGAGCAUGACUCUCCCUUCAGUAACGGUCAGGGAAAUGACUACCUGUUUGCUGGAAAUAUGGUCUACACAUAUGUGGUCGUUACAGUAUGUCUGAAAGCUGGAAUGGAGACCACCGCUUGGACCAGGUUUUCCCACCUGGCGGUUUGGGGAAGCAUGGCUCUCUGGAUGGUCUUUUUUGCAGUCUACUCAGCCAUCUGGCCCACCAUCCCAAUUGCCCCAGACAUGCUAGGCCAGGCUGGCAGGGUGAUGCAGUGCUGGCACUUCUGGUUGGGCCUGGUCCUGGUGCCUACUGCGUGUUUACUCAAAGAUGUUGCUUGGACCGCCACACGCCGCACUGUGAGGAAGUCUCUGCUAGAGGAGGUGCAGGAGCUGGAGGCACGAGCUGUUGACCCAGGGGCAGCUGUACUUAGGGAUGCCAGUGGCCGCAGUCUAAACGAACGAGCCCAUCUGCUGACAAGAGUCUUUAGGAAAACACCUUCAAGUGUAGGACGCUCAAAUUCGGUGCAGCAGACUGUGUCACAUGGCUAUGCCUUCUCUCAGGAGGAGCACGGCGUGGUGUCUCAAUCCCAGGUAGUGCGCUCCUACGACACCACCCGCCAACGCCCCAGCCUCUAGCCCUACUCCUGCCCAAGACUUUGGCUCUUCGUAGCAACGGUUGUCAAGGUGACAGCGAAGACAGACUUAUGUGACACCCUCACGCCGGGUGACAGACCCCUGCUGUGGCCUUAACUAGAACUAUGACCUGACCCCUCGCUGUGGACUGGGGGUCACGGUUAGGCGUGGAGGCCGUCACCGGAGCAUGGAGGACUGAUCUGAGAGAAGGGACCAGGCUAACUAUACGGAAUAAACAUUGUUAUAACUCUCACACAAGCUGCACAGGCAUGAGCAAUCAUAUCCACGCACAGACCUGACAAGUCAAACUCAGAGACUGCUUCUCAUAUCUGUAUACCCCACAGACUGGGUUUGGUUCAUGCAAGUGUGUGUCAGUGUGUGUGCGUGUGUGUUUGCGUGUGGCAUUCCAGUGCGUCUGUAUCUGCCUGUGCAUGUAUGUCAGCACGCAUUGGCGCUCCUGUGUUUGUGUGCAUGUGUGUGUGAGUCUGCGUGUGCCUGUGUGCGUCUGUUAGCGUCCACGGUUCCCUCUCAUCUCCCUCUCGUGAGGUGGGUUUAGCUAAUCUGUCAUCACAUGACGGAGGGGAGGGGUCGUCAAAAUAAACACACACUGGCACACAUGAAUUCCUUAAAAAUGGAGGGAGGGAAGCAUUGACUGAGGACCGCUGGAGCCCUGAGCCCCAUUGCAGCAUCAAGCCUCACUGCCAAACACCACAGAGAUGUCACUGAGGCAGAACCCUAACCCCAAAUGGACCACCACCCAGCAGCCUCUCCCACCCCACUGGGAACACCUUCCACACACAGGAGCAGCCUCUUCCUCUCCUCCUCCUUCCUGCUUAUCUCUCUUCCAGCUCUUCAUUUCUUCUAUCUGUCCAUCUCUCAGCCGCUCUGCAGCCUCCACCUCCCUCCUCUGCUGCACAUCUCUCGGCCAGUUUUAAAAACCACUCUGUUUCCAUUUGUAUUUCCUGUUUUUAAUUCCGACCGCUCCUGUGAUCGCUGAUGCCGCCUGUCAAGCAUCAUCAGCUGAGGUUGAAGCAGCAACAGCAAGCCUGGCAUUAGAGCUUCCUCCUUCAUUUCUGUUGGAACCUUUUAUUUUCCUUUUUUAAUUUUUAUUAAAGUGGACAUGUGUAUGUGUUUAUAAUUUCUUUACUCUUUUCAUUAAUGCCUGUUUUUGUACUCAUACGUGGAGAUAAUCUCAUAGAGGGAAUAUUUUACUUGAAUUAGAGCUAAUAGGCAUCUAAACAGAAGGGAUUUGAUUGAGACACUCGCCUGGAUCAUGUGUUUUUUCUGGCUCUGGGAUUUGUCUGAAUGUAGAGUCCAUUGUCUCGUGCUCUCUGUUGAGGACACUCUGGUCCAGGAAUGCAAGAUUGAAUGGGUGGGAGAAGGGGUUGUCCAUCCAAGUCCUAAUCAUUAAAUCUAAUCAAUCCAUGGCCUGA